CUUCUGUGUAAAUCUUUGCUGUAGCUAAACAAGAGGGGUUAGUUCUUCCUGAAUGCUACUCCUUUUGGAAAGGUGGGAUGAUGGCGAAGCAGCCGCUGGGGAAGACGUUGUUGAGGAACGUCAUCCGCCACACAGGUGCUCACAAUAAGAUCCAGGAGGAGAUGGAAAUGUGGAAAACGCGAAACUGGGAGGUCCACACAUCCCACGACAAACAUUUUCCAGAUACAAAGAGUGUGAGGGGGCAAAUGCACUGCGAUCGAGUGUCAGAUCAGCCGACAGACCUGAGUCGAAGCAGAGAGCGCCUCUCAGAACAUGAUGACAGAGAGGCGCGGUACUGGAGUCGCCAAUUGUAUGAAUUUAAGGCCAGUGAUCCCGACAGGUGGGGACAUAGUGGCUUCAAGGAGCUUUAUCCCGAGGAGUUUGAAAGCGACAGUGAAAAAAGCAGGGCCACAAGAAAGGUGAGGUGCCACAAAAGGAAAAAGUCCAAGUCUGAGACGGAAGCAAGUUUAUCAAAACGAUCAAAAAAAUCCUCUCGAAAGAAGAAAAAGAAAAAGAAGAAGAAAGAUGAGGCGGAAAGGCGUAAGUGCUCAAGCAGUGACGGCAGCAGCGACGACAGCAGGGCUACCAAAGACGAGCAGCAGAGGAAAAAGCCUAAAAGUCGACACAAAAACAAGAAAACUGAAAAAAACAGAGCGAGAGACGUAGACGGCAACUCGAGUGGCAGUAAUAGCGAAGAAGAAAGAGAGAGAAGGACUCGCAGGUACAAAAAACGAAAGCAGGACUCCUUAUAAAGACUCAGAAUUGGGGGUGGGGGGGGGAUGGGAAGAAUGGGAAACCCACAGGUAAAGAGAGCUUGGCUGAUAGUUCUGAGGACUUCAGACAUGGAUAGACGCACAGCCCGGGUAACGAUCAGGAAAACAACUGCAGAUUCCUUUGUCCGUCUUUACUUCCGAGGGCUUUUCUCUGCAGGCGGUUCUAUCGUUCUCUGUUCCACAUCAAUAACCCAGUGCUGUCAGCCUUCUCUGUGGAGUGAUACCUCAGCCACCUCUGCAGUGGCUUGACGCACACUGUACGGCAGCGCCGGCAGCACACAGCGGGGAGGUGGGGUAUCCGCCACCUGCCUCAAUAAGAAUCCAGUCGGCUGCAGCCGCAUUGAUUGGUCAUUGAUUCACGCUGCAGACCGUCUGCCUCAUGUGGACCGUGUCCUCAAAUGACCUCUGUUUUUUUAUUCCACAUUUUAUUUAAGAAACAGGACAAAUUAUGACACUUUCCUCACCAAUUUUUGAAGAAUUUGCUUUUAGUCAUUUUGUUUAUAGUGUAAUAGUUGCAUGUUUUGUAAAUUUUUUGUUGUUGUUGCUGUUUUUAAUAAAAUAUUGGAAUAUUU